CAAAUGCAAGCAAAUUCUGCUCGGUGCCACCGCAGAAAAUACCUAAAAACGAAAGCCGGACGGGAACGUUGCGUUGCCGCCAACGCUGCGCAAAUUAAUUAGAUAAUAGACAAAGUGCGGCCUCAGUAGAUGUUUCCAGUCUCGCAAACGCUGAAAAUCGGCCAAAGCCAAACACCACCAAGUCGCAAACGUCACGGGCGAGACGCCACCGCUGAAGAAGAGUGGGCAGUGAACGAAGGGUGGCCCAGGCGGCAGCCCGAGCCGGGGACGGGGACGACAACAAUCGGAAGCUGAAACUGAAGCACAUCCAGAGACGAGACAAUACACAAAUAUUUGGAGCACAACCGAGAGAUUCCUUCUCUAGACACCAAAACACUAGACACUGGAAAAUACUUGAAAAACGGCAGCGCUGGACGUCGCAAUCCCCCAAGCAUACACGCACGCGUCGAACACAUACACACACUCUCUGGGAGGGCUCUUUGCGAAAAAGCUCGUCUCAUCCCGCAGCCCGAUGGACUAAGUCGAUGAACAGCAACAGCAGCAGCCCACUAUUGCCACAAUAAGGUACUCCCCCCAACCCAGCCCAGUACAGCCACAGACCCAGUAGUUAAACCCUGCAAUGGCGGAGCGCUUCAUCAAGCACGAGCCGAUGGCCGUGCACCAGCAGCAUGUACAGCACGCGCAGCAUGUCCAGCAUAACCGCAAAUCAAAGCAGAACACAAUCCAGUUUUACUCGGGUACCAGUCCCAUCGUCCUGGUUAGCAGUGGCGCCGGAAUUGGUAUUCACGCCAGGCAGGCGGCUCGCCUGGAUACGCCGGCUAGAGUCAGAAACCCAGUGACAAAACUGCAGAAGCAGCUCAGCCACAACGCCAACAGUAAUGAUAGCGGGCUAGCCGUGAAAUCUGUCCCCACCCAGCCCCUUGUGGAGCAGCACAGCUCCACGCAGCCCACUGUGGAGCAAAACGGAGCGCCCGUGGUGGAGCAGCAAUUGCCGUCUGCAGAGAAAGCAGGAGCUGUAGGGGGAGCCGUAGUUGCAGCUGAAGCCGCACCGACAUCGAGAGCGGAACUCGAUAUGGCCACUGGCGUCAGAUUGAUGAAGCUGCGAAACAAAAGCGAAGAUGCCAUUACUGACUUGCUGACGCGCAUCCCGGACGUCGGCCACCUGUUUGACGUACAGAGCCGGAUUGGCAACGGCACCUUCAGCACCGUUCUGCUGGCCACGCUCAAGCGAGAGGCGAAUCUGCCGGAAAGCAUGCGGCGCAAGUUCGCCAUCAAGCACCACAUACCCACCAGCCAUCCCGACCGGAUUAUGAAGGAGCUCCAGUGCAUGACCAAAAUGGGCGGAAUGGACAACGUCGUCGGAAUCCACUGCUGCAUGCGAUGUGACGCCUCAGCAGCCUUCGUGAUGCCCUACAUGCCACACGACCGAUUCCAUGACUUCUACACCAAAAUGGACGUGGCGGAGAUCCGGCUGUACAUGCGCAACCUGCUGGUGGCACUGCGCCACGUCCACAAGUUCAACGUCAUCCACCGGGACGUAAAGCCUAGCAACUUCUUGUACAACCGGCGUCGCCGCGAGUUCCUUCUGGUGGACUUUGGGCUGGCCCAACAUGUCAAUCCUGCGGUCUCGGCCACGGGCACGGCCGCAGGACAGCUGGAGCAGCGCAACCGCCACCCUGGAGGGGCUGGUGGUCCAAACAGCAAGCGCUUUAGAGACAGGGAGACGGAGGCACUGCAGACAACAGCUGCUGCUGCUGCUGGCGCUGCAGCGGUGGCCGCAGUCGAUGCUGGCCUGGGGGGAGCAGUCAAACGCAUGCGGCUGAACGAGGAGGGCGGCUGGGGCAAGAUGCCGCUCAAGCCGGUCAACGAGAUUGCCCAUGCCCAGAACGAGUCGAAAGAGGUUGUCUCUCAGGCACCAGAGGCACAGCUGUCCACACAGCACACCAACCAGCAACAGCAGCACAUGCAGCCUGAACAGACACCAAGCUCUGCCACGGGCACGGGCACAGGCACAGUCGCGGGCACCGGCAGCAAGUACAACACAAACCGAAGCGCCACUGGAUCCACGAACAGCGCCAAGUGCUUCUGCUUCGCCAACCCGUCGGUGUGCCUCAACUGCCUAAUGAAGAAGGAGGUGCACGCUUCGCGGGCUGGCACCCCUGGCUACCGUCCACCCGAGGUGCUGCUCAAGUACGCGGACCAGACCACGGCCGUGGAUGUGUGGUCCGUCGGCGUGAUCUUCCUCUCGCUAAUGUCAUCGGUUUAUCCGUUUUUCAAGGCGCCCAACGACUACAUAGCCCUGGCCGAGAUAGUCACCAUCUUCGGCGACCAAGAAAUACGCAAGACGGCCUUGGCACUCGAGCGCAUGGUCACCCUCAGCCAGCGUUGCCGUCCGCUAAAUUUACGCAAGCUGUGCCUGCGCUUUCGCAACCGAGCCAUCUUCAGCGAUGCCAAGAUGCUAAAGAAGUACGAAGCCCCCGACGGGCAGUGCGAGGUCUGCAAGAACUGCGACCAGUACUUCUUCAACUGCCUGUGCGAGGAGAGUGACUACCUGACCGAACCGCUGGAGCCCUACGAGGUCUUCCCGGCCUCCGCCUACGACCUGCUGGAGCGCCUCCUCGAGGUCAAUCCGCACAAGCGCAUCACCGCCUCCGAGGCCCUGCAGCAUUCCUUCUUCAGCUGCCAGGGACAGGGUCAGAAUUUCCAGUCGGGUGGGGAUCAGCAAGUCGCCAGCACGCCGCGCAAGGCCCGAACUGCUUCCGCCAGGCAGAUGACGCGUCGCCGUUUCACCAAUAGAGCCGUCUCAAUGGGCAUACAGCCGCUGCAGCAGCUAGAGAUAGAGCAACAGCUGCUGUAUCCCGCCAAACUGGAGGAGCUCCAGACGGUGCUCAACAAGCUGUAAAGCUAGUCGUUGCCUGUACAUUGUAUAUAGCCUAUACACCCCCUCCUUAUCACGCACCAUACAAUAUCUGUACAUACAGCAAUCAUCUCAGCUUGUUCGCUGUCCAGGGCGCGCAUCCAACGCAACAAGCACCUUAGCUCAGCCCCACAUCCGCCGACCCGGCCACAUAUACUUACCUCAAAUUUGCUUCUCAUUUGAAUUUGAAAAGCCGUCUAUCAUAUACUCAACUCAAACUCAAACAAAGGAAACCAAAAAGAAAGCAUGCAUACUAUACAUACACACACACACACACACACACACACAUACACACAUAUAUAUAUAUAUUUAUAGCAAAGUGUUAACCAUGAACAAUAGGAAAGGAAUACCAAAAAUUGAAAAGGAAAUGAUAAAAGUGAAAUAUUUUAAAGGAAUACAAUAAAUAGAAUAUAAAGUUUAUACACAAAUACAUAUAUGUGGUAGCAGAGUAUUUGCAACGCACCCCUCCCCGUGAUCAACAGCGACAGCAUCCAGCCUCCAGAAGGAUGCUCACGCAACCCCCCUCAUUUGGAUUUGGCAUGAACUCUGUACUCUAUAUGUAUAUUUUGUUGCAUAGUUCGAAAAGUUAUAGAUUACCCCUCCAUCUAUGUAUAUCAAGCACCCUAUACAUAUGUACAUACAUAUAUAUAUAUAUAAAGAAGAGA